AUGACACAUUUCGGCAGUGGCAGGAACUGGAUGAUUGAAGGAAUUACGCUACGAUGUGGUAGACACGCAAAACAGGUCGUCUCAGUGUAAGGUAUGCGCCUCUGAUGUGCAUAAAAUACAAUCUGUCGUUCUUGACCGCUAGGCUAAAAGCAAGUCGUAACUAGGACUCGACAGUUCUAGCUACUCAGAGGCUACUUAUGGGGCUGUUUCUGUAAGACACUCAGUCUGCUUCGGGAAGCAGAGGGUCAUGUGCCAGGCUGCUUUGAUGGGAAAUGGAACCUCGGGGCUCCCUGCAUUGCGCACCGCUCGAAUUUCAAAUCCGUGGUGCAUGCGCGUCUCGAUACGUGCACUCAAAAACUACAAAACACGAAAAGGGUUCACGAGGGAGGCUCAAUACAGGAGUUGGAUCUGGCUAGGCUAAACAAGGCCAAGUCGCCUGCCACUUAG